UGACGUCGAUUCUCUAUCGGGUCCUUUUUUGGGGACGCACUGUGUUGGACUUUCUUCCUGUUUCUGUGGACUUCCUUGCUCUUCCAUCAUCCAAUUUUCCAUCUCUACAAGACUUUGAUCACGAUCACUCUAAUUCCGAGAGCUAAAACUGCGAUCUAGAACAACAAUUAGACGCUGGGAGAAUCAAGAAUGGAGAACGCUGACGUCUUCCUGGGUUUGCACGACUUCCUUGAGCGCAUGCGCCAACCAUCAGCCGCCGAUUUCGUCAAAUCCAUCAAGAGUUGAAGAAGAAGCAUUAGGAGCUCUGGGAAAUAAGAAGCUGUCUUAGGCCAUCUCAUGUCCAUUCUAUGCUUCAUUGUCUCUUUUUCAAACAAUGCUCCUGAUCCAGAGAAGGACAGUUCUAUGGUACAGGAGUUCCUUGCCAAGAUGGAAGCGGCUUUCAGGGCUCAUCCACUCUGGGCUGGUUGCUCAGAUGAGGAGCUGGAGAGUGCUGGUGAAGGACUCGAGAAGUAUGUAAUGACAAAGUUAUUUACCCGUGUAUUUGCUUCACUUCCAGAUGAUGUUAAAGUUGAUGAGCAACUUUCUGAUAAGAUGUCUUUGAUUCAACAAUUCAUAAGGCCUGAAAAUUUGGACAUUAAGCCAACCUUUCAAAAUGAAACAUCAUGGCUGCUUGCCCAGAAAGAACUGCAAAAGAUCAAUAUGUACAAAGCACCGAGAGACAAACUUGUGUGCAUUCUCAAUUGUUGCAAGGUCAUAAAUAACUUACUGCUUAAUGCUUCAAUUGCUUCCAAUGAGAAUCCUCCUGGGGCUGAUGAAUUUCUUCCUGUACUAAUAUAUGUUACUAUAAAGGCAAACCCUCCGCAGCUGCACUCAAAUUUAUUGUAUAUACAACGGUACAGGUGUCAAUCCCGGCUAGUUGCAGAAGCAGCCUACUUUUUCACAAAUAUGCUCUCCGCAGAGUCUUUCAUCUCAAACAUUAAUGCAGAAUCCCUUUCAAUAGAGGAAACUGAAUUUGAAAAGAACAUGGAAUUUGCUCGAGCUCUUCUAUCUGGGCUUUCAACUGAUUUGGAUAGUCUGUCUAAUCAAAGUGAUCAAAAUGUAGGAAAUAAUCUUAAUACAGAAGUUUUGGAAUCCAAACUUCAAGCUUUAAAUUCUAAUAAGGAAAGGGACUCCUCGAUUAGAUCCAAAUCUUCUGAAACAAGAUCUGGCAGCAAGGACAUACAAUAUGUGAAAGAUGAGCCAUCUGUGGCAAAGGUUCCGUCCCUCUCAGAUAUAGAGGAUAAAGGAGCAUUGAUGCUUUUGAAAGAGGAUCUGGCAAGUGUAGUCUUUCGAGAAUACCCAUAUUUGUUUGCUCAUACUGGUGAUCUGACAAUCAAUGAUGUAGAAGACCUACUGAAUAAUUACAAACAGCUGGUUUUCAAGUAUGUUUGUCUUUCCAAAGGGCUGGGUGGUGCUACCCCAUCUCUUCUUCUGUCCAAUUCUCAAGUUUAUCACCACCAUGAAGCUGAAACUGUCAAAGAAAAUCAGGACACCAGAACAGUAGAGCCAGAUGAUGAAUCACAAAAACAUACUACUAUGAUGAAUAGUUCAUGUACUGUUUCUCUUGUCAGUGAAGAAAAUAUCAAAUCAAAGUCCCCACUUGAUGAGGCAAUGGCAUCUCAAGAGGAGGGAAAGGAGGAGACUUCUCAAUGAUAGCUCAAUGAGGCUGGGUCAUGUAGGAGUAAUGAAAAUUUCAAUACUCCAGCUGCAAUUAGAGCUGCUUGUUUUUCUUUAUGCUGAAAGAACUAUUUUGACUUUGGGUUUCAAGUGCAGGGAGAACAAUGGGGGACCAAUUGGAUAUCUAUUGUUUCAUUUUGCAACACAUACAAAUGUUGUUUCCAUGAAGGUAUACGUACAACUGACUUCUCUUCAGCACCUGAUCCCAGAAUACAUCUUUUUUUUCCCCAGUUGCAUGUAGCAUAAUUGAUCAUAUGUUAGCAGAAUUCACAUGAAAAUGGAUGAUUAGAUUCUCGACAGACUACUUGUUGCUUUACCCAUCAAGAGGUACAUACUUGCAGUUCUUUCCCCUGUUUUUUGUUCUCUAGUAAUCCAUGCUGUAAAUUAUUGCAGUACUGCUAACUGAGCUCUUGAUUGUGUUGCUUCUUUAUUUAUUUAUUUUUAUUUUGUCUAUAGUGUCGGGAGUGAUUAGAUUCUAACUGUUGUAGUCUUUUCUUUGGAAUUUUCUAGCUGUUAUCAAGCAUGGCCGAGUGCUUUUACACAA